CACACCUGAAGCCGAACCUUUUCGGAAUAGGUUCACUGAUCACGAUCUUCCUUCUAGUAUGGAAGUUGAUGAAGUGCUGCGGAAACGGAUCCCGCCCAAGCGCGUAACCAUGCCACGGUCAUGCUCUUGAUCAUGCUGAUUUCGUCGUCAGUCCGAAUCGAGAAAAAUUUCACUGUACGAAAUAGCCACUGGAGAGGACGAGUUGACUACAAUACACAGUACACCACUCUUGUUUGUUCGACCCUUUUCCAUUUCCUCGUUUCUUCGAGUAUUUUCUCAGUCUUCCCCCACGCAAACGAACGACACGCGCAAAUAAAAGAUGCCUUCCUUCGGUGACAGUGGCGUCUCUUGGGAGUGUGUCGCGCGGGAAUUCCGUGCGAAGUAUACUGGUGCACCAGCGGAAUCUGCUUCGUUGAAGGCAGCCAAUGCUGCCAUUGACAAGCUGUUGCCGGAGUUCAAAAAGAUCCCGGGGUUGAAAGAGGUAGAGUUUCGUUUUAUUUAAAGCUCACCACCACCUAGCGCCAGCCAUUUUUUCGCCUGUGCACUGCAAAUUCUAUUUCGCAGGAGCUAGUCUCCAGUACUGGGUGAACAAAAUCAAAGUAUUUUUUCCUACCUUUUCCAGGUCAAGCGCGCCGUAUGCGGUGAAUGCGGCGAUAUUAAGCUCGUCAUUUCCGUCCUGGAUGACAAAUUCGGGGAUUGGGCUGGUACCAAGUUCGCCCCGGAGGAGGCACUGCUCGCGGAGUGGAAAGCAAUCGAUGGGAUCUCGGCUAUCGAAACGCAGAACAUGACGUUUGCUACAUUGUAGCAGGGGACUGCAAGAAAGCUUAACGAGACGGAUCACGGGGAGAUGGGUUAUCCGUUUCCGAGAAACCGAUGCCUCAGGUCAAACUCAAAGUACUAACUAGCAGCAGAACGUGGACGCAGUGACCCCUUGUAGAGCUGUAACUGGAUUGUAUACGCAGUAAGUUUCCUUCGGUUGCUGUGCCUUGCCGUGCGUCAUACAUUGUUUGAUAGCACGAGUAGCCGAGGCAACAGCUGAGUGGUCCAUAUAGAAAUAAGCAAGUAGAGCAGCAGGCUGCAGGCCGCCUCAUCCCGACCGAUUGAUACCAAAAUGUUCAGAGACAACAUACACAAGGAAAAAAGAAAACCGCACAUCAAUAUGACUGUCGU